AUGAGCAUAUAUUUAUUAAAAAAUGUCUUUUAAUUGAUAUCAUUUGAAUCAAUGUGUAACUAACUGAGUGAAUAAUAACUUUCUCAAAGAAUAUUAACAAUUGAGGUUGUUAAAAGACCCUUAGAAUCAUCAUCUUUAUAACUAGCAGGUCAAAAAAAGGGAAAAUUAAAAUGGAUAAAAAAGCUGUUUUCCAAUUCUUUUAAACUUCAUUAUGCAAUAAUUUUAAAAACAGAAGAGAAUGGUUAAUAUAUAUUGCACAACUUAUAAGAUGGAUUCACUUCUACUACUAUUACUGAUGAAGAUAAAGUUCAUUAUUAAUAACACGAAAUAUAUCAAUAAGAAUAGUUUAACAAAGUGUUUAUUGUUCAAGAAAUAUUUGAUUAAUCUUCUUAGAACCAGAAAUAUAAUUUGGUUAGCAAUUCCUGUAUUCAUUAUGUAAAUUAUGUCAAAUAAUAUAUUAAUACGUAUCUAUUGGAUAUGAAUAAUUCAGCAACUGAUAAAGUUAAAAUCGAAAGUCUUCUUUAAACAGCAAAAAUGUUGAUAAAAUAAUCUUAUUAAAAUAUUGUGAAUUAAUCUUUUGAUAUGUCAGAGAUAACUAAAAUUGCAUAGGUUUAUUCAAAAGACCCAUCGUUCUAUUCUGAUAUCAUUUGUGAAAUCAUUAGCUGUUCUAAAAAAUAAAGCGUUUGGGAAAUAUUUGGUAAUGCAGUAAUCAUUGCAAUUAUAUCUAUAAUUAAUUUGAUUCCUCUAAUAAAUGGAAUUAUAUCAGCUGGUGCAAUACUAGCAGAGCUCUACUUUAUAUGGAAUUAAGGUGAUGAAAGCAUAUUUAAAAGGUGUAUAAGAUCAUUAUCAAUAUUGAUAUAAUUUGCUCUAGGAAUAACUAAUAACUAAGUUUCCCUACAUAAUUUAUAUGAUAUGUGCUCAGAACUUAUAGAAAAAAUUGAAAUUGUAAAAUUGCCAAUAGAAUAAAAAAUUAUUGUAGGAAGUAGUACUAUUAUGGGUAUGGUUUUUGGAGGACUUCUUUAAGCUGGGAUGAUAUCAUUGCCUGCUCUUGGUUUCAUCCCUAUAGUUUCUAUACCCACGUUAUGUUUUGCAAAGAUUGCUAUUUUAAUAGUGGCUAAUAUAUUCAGCAGUGGGAAUCCAGCUGUUUUAUCUUUUUCAACAUAUAUAACUUAAGCUAUUUCAUGUCGUUCUAAUGUAGUUGAGACAACGAUCUAAGUAGCAAGUUGUGCAAUUUCCGCUAAAAUCGGAUUGAGUUUAAUUAGUAUUGGGUUUAGUCACGUUAUGAUUUUUGGAGCAGCAGGUUUGUUUGUUGGAUUAGCAAUUAUAAAAAUACUUUAAAAAAUAAAAUGA